AGGCAGUAAAAGGUUUUAUUUUUCUCUAUAUAAGCAAGUACGUAACAAAUCUGCCACACUCACCAAAAUUCUCUGCCAUCUUCACAGAUAAUUCUGUGUGGUGUGUGGUGUCUUCUCUACUUGUUUCUACUUUAGAAGUAGUAGUGCAUACAGAUGAGGAUGGAACAAAUAAAGCAAGGGGAAUCAGUAGAUGGAGAUGAAGAGAAAUGGGUGUAUGAUUCUUCUGUGGAUCAUAAAGGAAGAGUUCCUCUUCGAGCUUCCACUGGUGUAUGGAAGGCCUCCCUCUUUAUUAUCGCAAUCGAAUUCAGUGAGAGGUUGAGUUACUUUGGAAUAGCAACAAGUUUGAUCAUAUACCUCACUAAGGUGAUCCAUCAAGACCUCAAAACAGCUGCAAAGAACGUCAACUACUGGUCUGGAGUAACCACUUUGAUGCCAUUGGUGGGAGGGUUCUUAGCUGAUGCUUACAUGGGUCGAUUCUCCAUGGUUCUCCUAUCAUCCUUUGUCUACCUCUUGGGUUUGAUCCUCUUAACAAUGUCCAGAAUGCUCCCCGAACUGAGACCUUGUGCCACUGACCCCUGUCCCAAACCUAGAGAAAUCCAUGAAGUGGUCUUCUUCUUGGCAAUCUACCUGAUCUCAAUAGGAACCGGAGGCCAUAAACCCUCUUUAGAGAGCUUCGGAGCCGACCAAUUCGACGAUGAUCACGCCGGAGAGAGAAGGAAAAAGAUGUCUUUUUUCAACUGGUGGAACUGUGGCCUCUGUUCUGGACUAUUACUUGGUGUGACUGUGAUUGUUUAUGUGCAAGACCAUGUCAGUUGGGGUAUUGCAGACACCAUACUUACAGCAUCAAUGGCUUCUUCAAUAGUGAUUUUUUUUGUUGGAAGGCCGUUCUAUCGGUAUCGGUCAGCGGCAGGGAGUCCAUUAACACCACUGCUACAGGUUCUGGUAGCAGCUGUUGCCAAAAGGAAACUACAAUUUCCUUCUGAUCAUACUGAAUUGUAUGAGGUUCCCAAGUCUGAGAAGAACCAAGGCAGGCUCUUAUGCCACACCGACAACCUCAAAUUUCUGGACAAGGCUGCAAUUAUUGAAGACAAACAGGUUUCAGGGAAGAGUCAACAAAAUCCAUGGAGACUAGCAACAGUGACGAAGGUCGAAGAGAUGAAGCUCAUCAUCAACAUGAUUCCCAUAUGGUUAACUUCAUUGCCAUUCGGCAUCUGUGUGGCACAAGCCUCCACUUUCUUCAUCAAACAAAGCACCACCCUAAACCGCAACAUCACCCACAAUUUUCUUCUCCCGGCAGCCUCAGUCUACUCAUUCGCCGCCUUCGGAAUGAUUGUCUCCGUCACCAUUUACGACAAAAUCCUCGUACCCAUGUUGAGAAGAGCAACAGGCAACGAAAGAGGCAUCAAAAUUCUCCAGAGGAUCGGUAUCGGAAUGAUCUUCUCAGUGGCAACCAUGGUGGUUGCAGCCCUAGUUGAAAGAAAGAGACUCGCAGUCGUCGAGAACGAUCCACUGAAACGAUCAAUCUCCAUGAGUGUGUUUUGGUUAGCUCCACAGUUCAUAAUAAUUGGUAUAGGCGAUGGAUUCACUCUAGUUGGCUUGCAAGAGUACUUCUAUGACCAAGUACCAGAUUCCAUGAGAAGCUUAGGUAUUGCGCUGUACCUGAGUGUGAUCGGAGCUGCAAACUUCCUGAGCAGCCUGUUGAUAAUCCUAGUGGAUCACGUGACGGAGAAGGGUGGCCGGAGUUGGUUCGGGAAGACCUUGAACAGUAGCCGACUGGACAAUUUCUACUGGUUGUUAGCGGCCAUCACCACCGUGAACUUGAUGGUCUAUGUGUUUAUCGCUCGACGUUACUCUUACAAGAAUGUGCAGAGAAGGGCUGCUGUGACUGUGGCUGAUUGCUAUGAAGGUGAAGGUGAAGGUGUUGUUGCCAUGGCUUAGUACAUACAUCGUACAGAAUGGUUCCAGCAUUAUGUUCUAAUGAAGAAGAACAAAAAGGGCAUGACAUUUGUACUUGGAUUUAGUAGUAUGUAUUCCAAUAAUUAUUUUAAACAUCGUUCGAGUAUUAUAUCUCAUAUCUAGUUUAUUAUAAAUCACUCCCCUUAAAG